CAAACACGGCCUUAAGCAUUUUUUGUUGAGAACAAAUUGAUGGUGUCUUCUUUGCCUACCCCAGGGACUGCAACUGGCCAUCAUCAACGGAUUCACAUCUCCACUUCUUCCGGACAUCCGCUACCCCUGAGUCACUGACCCAAAAAAUCCCGCCCCGCCGGAACUUAUGCGUAUCCACAUCUUUUAGUAUCAAGCCGUGUCUGAGACCUACGACCCAAUACUGGUCAACCAUUCGCCACGCCGCCGCCACGUUUGAGUGCUUUGUACACGCUCCUUCAAACGCCCUAGCUUUGGCGUGCCAUUGCUUCGUAGGUGGAGGGGCAUACUGCUCAGCAAUGGAGGCAUGUGCGAACCGGAAGGAGAAGAGGAAAGUAGCAAAAAAGGAUAAGAGGAAGCAAAAGAGGAGGGAGGUGGCUGAGAAGUUACGAGCGGAGGAAGAGGCCAGCCUUCAUGAUCCUGAGCAGCAGCGCAUGAUUCAGCUCGAGGAGGAGGCAGAGAAGCAGCGGCUAGAGAGAGACAGGAAGGAAUUUGAGGAGAGAGAGAGGCUAUUUCUCGAGGAAUUAGGUCGCAGAAAAGCACAGGAGGAGGAAGAGCGAAUAAGAGCUAUUGAAGAAGAAGAGAGGUUAAAACAAAUUAAGGCUGAAUGUGAAAAUGAAGAAAAUGAUAAUGAAGAGUGGGAAUAUGUAGAAGACGGACCUCCUGAAAUUAUAUGGCAAGGAAACGAGAUAAUUGUCAAGAAGAACAAAGUUCGAGUAAAAAAGCAAGCUGUGGAACAUCUGGCAAUUAAAGAGGGUCCUAGGCCAACAUCAAAUCCUUUACCUCCAGAACCUGAUGAAUACAUUAAUGCUUCUACGAUUUCAGCUCAAGGACUUUUGGAAGAUGUUGCUCAACAAAUCCCAAAUUUUGGGACAGAACAAGACAAAGCUCAUUGUCCUUUCCACAUCAAAACGGGAGCUUGUCGGUUUGGGUCACGUUGCAGCCGGAUUCACUUUUAUCCUGACAAAUCGUGCACACUACUUAUAAAAAACAUGUACAACGGACCUGGUCUUGCCUGGGAGCAAGAUGAGGGGCUUGAGGUCUGUUAUGAAGUCUUCAUGUGGCUCAAGUAUCCUGAUGCUUAGUUUCCAUAAAUAUUUUCCACACAGUGCAUGAAUGGAGUUUUUUUCUACAAUGGGUGAAGACUGCAUGUUAUUCUGCUCUUUGUUCUUUGGACAACAGAACUACCGAUCUGAAACAAUGGAGGUACAUGGUUCUCACAGUGGUUGGGUUGAAGGCUAAAAAUGCACAGAUGAGGAGGUUGAAAAUAGUUAUGAAGAAUUUUAUGAGGAUGUGCAUACUGAAUUUUUGAAGUUCGGGGAGAUAGUAAAUUUUAAGGUAUGCAGAAACAGUUCAACCCAUUUGCGGGGGAAUGUCUACGUACACUAUAAAUCACUGGAUUCUGCAUUGCUUGCUUAUCGCUAUAUUAAUGGUCGUUAUUUUGCUGGAAAACAGAUUACAUGUGAAUUUGUUACCGUGACAAAAUGGAAGGUUGCCAUAUGCGGGGAGUUUAUGAGAUCGAGGCUUACGACAUGUUCUCGUGGAACAGCAUGCAAUUUUAUUCAUUGUUUCAGAAACCCUGGUGGAGAUUAUGAAUGGGCAGAUUGGGAUAAACCACCCCCGAAGUACUGGAUUAAAGAGAUGUGUGCUUUGUUUGGCUAUUCAAAGGAGUCUUUCUAUGACAGUAGAGUUGAGCAAGAAGAUUCUGAACACACAGCUGAUGUAUACAGGCAUCACUCGGAAAGAUAUCAGGCAAGAGAGAGUCGAAGGUCUGGAUCAAGGGAGAACAGGAGUUUGAGAAGUCAUAAUAAGGAACAUAAUGUUCGAAGGAAAGAAAAAGUAAGCCGACCCAAGUGUCUUCUUGAUGACAAAAGAUGCGAAGAUGAAAAAAAUUCUAGAUCAAACCAGCAUCAUCACCAAAACGUAGAUGACCUGAACCUCCAUGAUGCAACCCGUAAAAGAUCAAGACACGCCCUGUCUGAAAAAACACACUCCAAAGACUUUCAUGAUGAUAAUAAGUUCAGAAGUAGCAGCAGCGAUUCUGAACAUGGUUCACCAUGUAAAGAUCACCAUGAUAAUAUUGUAUACCACAAACAUAGAGCACAUGGUACUGAUAGAAGUGGGGAUAACAGGAAAGAUAGAAUCCGAGCAAACCGGAGGAAAUCCUCAAGGUGUUUGAGUGAUGAUAGCUCAAUCUGUGGUGCUAAAAGAACUGAUGAUGAUUUUGAUUUUGAUAGUGGGUAUGAGGGGCACAUAUCUCACCACACUGGCAAAAAGGUUGACGAAAGAGGGCGGUGGGACCCUGACACAGGAGCCACCGGAGACUAUGGUGUGAAGCAUUUGGAAUCUGGCAAGAGAAAUAAGAAGCGCCACAGAAGUCAUCAUCAGCACAGCAGAAAUGAUGAAGGCAGUUCUUAAGUACGCCGUUGUUAGUGCCUUGAUAUUUCAGUGAAGAAAAUUAGGUCUGAAUUGGCAGAGAUAAGUAUCUACCUAUCCAUAUGAUAAUCUCGCUUUCAUGUCUUGAAUGUAUAUAUAUUUUUGGCCAAUGUGAUAUCUUUUUUUCCUAUAGCUUGUGCCUUGUGGGUUAUAUACUCUUCGCAUGUUUCAAAAAAACCUGUGUUAGAGACUCAUAGUCUCAUAGGUAUCAACCCAUGAGGCUUAUCACUUUUUCAAACUUGUAAUUUUUUUAUUUUUAGCGCAUUAAAUGUUAUUUUUGAGCUGAAAAUUGACAGGUCUCACUCGAACACAUUCUCAAGUGAAAUUAGGUGUGUUGUGA